GCUUCUUCUGCUCGACGAAGCGGCUGGAAGUACUCAUUUCAUUCGAAGCGGCUGGCCGAUAGCAAGUUGUAACACUAUGAUAACAACACUCAGUCGCGCCGCAGCGCGGCGAGCGCCGCGCUGCGCGCUGUCCACUGCGCAAAGCCUUGUAGGAGAUUACACCAUCGUGGACCACUCAUACGAUGUCGUCGUGGUGGGCGCGGGCGGCGCAGGCCUCCGCGCGGCGAUGGGCGCCGCGGAGGCCGGCUUCAAGACGGCGUGCGUGACGAAACUCUUCCCGACGCGCAGCCACACGGUCGCGGCGCAAGGCGGCAUCAACGCCGCGCUCGGCAACAUGACCGAAGACGACUGGCGCUGGCACAUGUACGACACGGUCAAGGGGUCGGACUGGCUGGGCGACCAGGACGCCAUCCACUACAUGUGCCGCGAGGCGCCGCGCGCGGUCCUCGAGCUCGAGUCGUACGGCCUGCCCUUCUCGCGGACCGAGGACGGCAAGAUCUACCAGCGCGCGUUCGGCGGCCAGAGCCUGGACUACGGCAAGGGCGGCCAGGCGUAUCGGUGCGCGUGUGCGGCCGAUCGCACGGGCCACGCGAUGCUCCACACGCUGUACGGGCGAAGUUUAGCGUUCGACACCACGUACUUCCUGGAGUUCUUCGCGCUCGACCUGAUCAUGGACGACGAGGGCAAGUGCGUCGGCGUCGUGUGCCUGGAGAUGGAGAACGGCACGAUCCACCGCAUCAACGCCAAGAACACCGUCUUGGCGACCGGCGGCUACGGGCGGGCCUACUUCUCGUGCACCUCGGCGCACACCUGCACGGGCGACGGCAACGCCAUGGCGCUGCGCGCGGGCCUGGCCGCGGAGGACCCCGAGUUCGUCCAGUUCCACCCGACGGGCAUCUACGGCGCCGGGUGCCUGAUCACCGAGGGGUGCCGCGGGGAGGGGGGCAUCCUGCGCAAUUCGGACGGCGAGCGGUUCAUGGAGCGCUACGCGCCGUCCGCCAAGGACCUCGCGUCGCGCGACGUGGUCAGCCGCGCGAUGACGAUGGAGAUCCGGGAGGGGCGCGGCGUCGGCAAAGAAAAGGACCACUGCUACCUGCACCUGGACCACUUGCCCGCGGAGUUGCUCGCGGAACGCCUACCAGGCAUCAGCGAGACCGCGGCGAUCUUCGCGGGCGUCGACGUGACCCGGGAACCCAUCCCGGUCCUGCCCACGGUGCACUACAACAUGGGCGGCAUUCCGACCAACCAUUUGGGCGAGGUGAUCCACCAGAAGAAGGACGCGUCGGGAAACGUGGUCGACCACGACGCGGUCGUGCCGGGCCUCUUCGCCGCGGGCGAGGCCGCCUGCGCGUCGGUGCACGGCGCGAACCGGUUGGGCGCCAAUUCGUUGUUAGAUAUCGUCGUGUUCGGCCGCGCGUGCGCGUUGCGCAUCGCCGACAUCGCCAAGCCCGGGGACGCCGUCCCGCCGCUCCCGAGGGACGCGGGGCAGAAGACGUUGCAGGACCUGGACGACGUGCGCCACUCGUCCGGCCCGACGCCGACGGCCGAGAUCCGCCGGGACAUGCAGAAGACGAUGCAGGACCACGCCGCCGUCUACCGGACGCAGGAGAGUCUCGCCGAGGGCGUGACCAAGAUUGAUAAAGUGGUGGACUCCUUCCAGGACGUGGGCGUCUCGGACCGCUCGCUCAUCUGGAACACGGACCUCGUGGAGACGCUGGAGCUGCGCAACUUGUUACCGAACGCCGCCGCGACGAUGCACGCCGCCGAGGCCCGCAAGGAGAGCCGCGGCGCGCACGCGCGCGAGGACUGCCCCGACCGCCUCGACGACGACUGGAUGAAGCACACGAUGACGUACUAUGACGAAGCGACGCGCAAGACGUCGGUGACGUACCGCCCGAUCCAUUACGAGACGCUGGACGAGGACGAGUGCGCCGUCGUGCCGCCGGUCGCGCGUGUCUACUAGCUUCGGAUUGUGCACAUAAUACUUCCCAAGCGAAAAA